AGGUGAGUGUGUGUGAAUGGGUUUUUCUCAACCUCGUAAUCGAUGAUUAUUCGGCAUUUUUCCGCUGUUCGGAUGAAAACGACCUCGAUUGUUCUGGUCUGUGUUGAUUUGUGAAGCCCGUGGAGGGAUAUUAUUUCAGCAAAGUUUUACAUUAUGUUUUGCUCAGAUAAUGAAUGAACAUGAUGAGAAAUGACGGUUGGCGAUGGCAGAUACGGUUGUUCAGCUGACCAGCGUCCAGGGUCUGGAGAAUCAUGUGUCCCCAAAACACGUGUCCACCAGAAUGUCCUUCUCAGCGUCCCGGCGAGGAGCGACCGUGAGCUUUCACGACAUCAACUAUAAUGUGAAGAUGAAGAGCGGCUUCCUCUGCAAGAGGAAGGUCACGCGCAAGAACAUCCUCAUCGACCUCAAUGGCAUCAUGAAGCCGGGACUGAACGCCAUAUUAGGAGCGACCGGGAGCGGGAAAUCAUCGUUCCUGGAUGUGCUGGCGGCCCGUAAGGAUCCCGCUGGUCUUUCCGGAGAGGUUCUUAUCGACGGAGCGCCUCAGCCUCCAAACUUCAAGUGUCUGUCGGGAUAUGUAGUGCAGGAUGAUGUGGUCAUGGGGACGCUGACCGUACGGGAGAAUCUGCGUUUCUCAGCCGCUUUACGGCUCCCGAAGACGAUCAAACAACGAGAGAAAGAUGAGAAGGUGGAGACACUCAUCCAGGAGCUCGGAUUGACCAAAGUGGCAGAUUCACGGGUGGGCACGCAGCUGAUUCGUGGAAUUUCGGGAGGAGAGAGGAAGAGGACAAACAUCGGCAUGGAGUUGAUCAUCGAUCCGUCAGUGCUUUUCCUGGACGAGCCGACAACAGGCCUCGACGCCAGCACUGCCAACUCUGUCCUCAUGCUGCUGAAGAAAAUGGCUCUCAACGGUCGCACCAUCAUCCUCUCCAUCCAUCAGCCGCGCUACUCCAUCUAUCGUCUGUUCGACAGCCUGACGCUCCUGGUGGGAGGAAGGCUGGUGUAUCACGGGCCGGCUCAGGACGCCCUGCAGUACUUCAGUGAGAUCGGUGAGAACACACGCGCACACACACACACACACACACACACACACAUACACGUCUAUAUUACUAAAAGGGGACUAUCGCUCUACACUGGCCAAGAGGGGACUAGUGUUUCUGGUCAUUUUGAAGAAACAAAAAUGACUCCCUAA